CUGAUCCCGGCGCGACCCCGCCGCCCGCUCGCUACAGACUUUGCACGGCGCGGGGAGGAGGAAGAGGACGGCGCCCGCUGCCGCGCCAGGAUGAAGCCGGGCUUGCUCCGGAGCAGCGGGAGCCCAUGAAGCCGUGAAGCCGGGGUGGGGACGGGGGGAGGAAGGAAGGACGAGCAAAUACGAUGGUGCAUUUGGAGGUGGCCGCGCUGCUGGUCGCCCUGGUCGGGGUUUGCGUCUGGACGGACGAGACGGGGAAAGUUAUCUCGGAUCGCUACGCCGUGUACUGGAACAAGAGCAACCCCAGGUUUCAUCGCGGGGACUACACGGUGGAAGUGAGCAUCAACGACUACCUGGAUAUCUACUGCCCUCACUAUGAGGACCCCUUCCCGACGGACAAGAUGGAGCGGUACAUCCUGUACAUGGUCAACUACGAGGGCCAUGCCUCCUGCGACCACCGGCAGAAGGGCUUCAAGCGCUGGGAGUGCAACCGGCCCGACUCGCCCAACGGGCCCCUGAAGUUCUCCGAGAAGUUCCAGCUCUUCACGCCCUUCUCCCUGGGCUUCGAGUUUCGGCCGGGGCAUGAGUACUACUACAUCUCUGCCACCCCCCCUAACCUGGUUGACAGGCCCUGCUUAAAGCUGAAGGUUUAUGUUCGACCGACAAGUUGGCCCGCUCUCCCCUCCGUCCGAUGCCGGCAAGAAGACCCAGGAGUCCUGGCUGCCCAGCAUGCCCCUGCUCUAACCAUCAGGCUGCACUCCCUCCCGGAUCAGACGGGAGAACCCAGCGUCCUGCUGCAGCUGCCGCCUUCCCCCUCCAAAAAACCAUCCCUCGACAAGAAACGCAGCCUUUCACCACCCCAAUAGCUCGGCCACCCUGCGACGUCCGAGGGCCUUUGGCACCCAGACGGGCGGG